AUGGCGGACGAUGAAAACAACGCGGACCUUGCCAAUGCAGACAGUGCCACGGGACUCGCAGCCUGCCUCGCCUCCGAGGAAGACGAGCUACGUGAAGUAGCCCGUGCCCCUCACCCCCGCGGAGUCCGCGCUGUCAAAUCGAACGCUAGCGGGAUUGUACUGCAUGUACACGAACGUAAUUCCGACUCCGACUAUGAACCGGAAGAAGAUGGAAACAGCGAGGAUAAGGACGGCGACGUUGCUGACGAUCUGGAAGUCGAAUGGACGGCUUGGACCGCAAUUCCAAUCCGCUAUCCCAGCGCAAGCGGUCUAGAGAUAAUGAUCAAGAAGCUGCAAAUGUACUUCCCGACACAAGACCUGUUCGAAAUCGAACAGGAGCGGACUCCUGUGGUGAAGGGUCAUCUGUGGCAGAACUGGUUUCCAUUGACCGCGUUCCACGUUGGAGACGCAGCGAAACGUGUGACCAGCGAAUCGGCAUUAUUAGACCUGUCGAGCAUAACUGCUGAAGUGAAUGCCUAG